AUGGCUCAAUGCAGACCAUACAGCUGUCUGCGGCGGUGCAUGUCUCUAUCUGACGCUCUCCCGCCUCGCACGAGUCCCAAUGGCUUGCUCCCAGCCAUACACAGCCAACGACGGAAACACUCAACUACACCUCCUCCUCCUCCACCACCGCCGCACUCUUCUUCUUCUUCCUCCUCCUCGGUAUCUUCAGCGGAAAUGACACAUUUCGCGAGCCUGGCGAGUACAUGGUGGGACCCGCUUGGUCCUUCACGCAUAUUACAUCUGAUGAACCCGCUGCGACAUGACUUCAUCGCCUCGUGCGUUGGCCAGCAGCAGCAGCAGCAGCAGCAAGCCCAGGACCAUGGCCAGGACCAGGUCCAGAAGGGCGGCGGCGGACUACGUUAUUUAGACGUUGGUUGUGGAGGAGGGAUAUUCGCCGAGUCCCUUGCCAGGACGAUACACACGCCCGGAACAAAUACCAAUGCGUGCUCUCUUCUCGCUAUCGAUCCGUCACCGGUAAUGAUCGAACUAGCCCUCUCACACGCCAGGAAGGAUCCAACGCUGCACCAACAUCUUCGCACCGGCGCAUUUGAGUACCGCAAUACAUCGCUGGAGGACCUCACGGCUUCGGCUUCGACGGCAGGGAAAUUCGAUGUAGUCACGCUGUUCGAGGUGCUGGAGCAUGUUGAUCCGCACCACUCGUCGCCGCGGGCGUCUGUGCAGCGGUGUCUUGAUCUCGUGGCGCCGGGCGGGUGGCUUGUUGGCUCGACGAUUGCGCGCACCCUGCCUGCGUAUGUGGUCAAUCAGGUCAUUGCCGAAGCGCCCUGGCCGAUCGGGGUGGUGCCGCGGGGCACGCAUGAAUGGAGCAAGUUUGUGAAUCCCGAGGAGCUGCGAGGGUGGGUGGAAGGGGAGGGUGGUGGUGGUGAGUGGAGGUGUGUAGGGGCGAUGUAUGCGCCUGGGAUGGGAUGGCGGAUGGUUCCUGGGGCGGAGUCGUGGGGGAAUUAUUUCUGGGGGAUCCGGCGGGGAGGAAAGCAGGAUUAAUAUUAAGAUGAUGCAUGCAUGUAUGCAAGAUGUAUAGUAGAUGUAUUAUUAGUUGGGAAGUAGCUGAGCUUAGGAUGUAGAGGAUCUUCAUUAGCUAUAAUAUAUAAGGACUAGAUAGAGAGGUGCGAACAAGCAGACAGCCGACUUGGAAAGGAACAACAACAAGUAGCAGUAUCAAGAGUAACGGAUAAAGUAAGUAACGACGAUGCCACUGCUCCAGCUCCGGCUCCUGCUUAACGUAAUGUGAUAAUGCCGAUGAGAAAAGCAGCUGAAAAACUCGUAGACGGGAAAAAAGGAUGGAUGUAAGAUGGAGAGCCGUUGGACAGAUAGGAAAGACAUCAACACAAGACGCAGAGGUAAGGAAAUUAAGGAAAUACGAUAGAUGGGAAAUAGAUAAGACAUAGGAAAGAAAGGAAAUAUGGAAAUAGGAAAGAUAGUAGGAAAUAGGAAUAGAUGGUAGGAGAUGGGGGAAUGCUAUUAUGAGGAUAUUUUUAGCGGUAGGGGGAAGGG